UCAGUGAGACGCCUGUUGUCAGAUCAGUCAUGAUUAUCAACAAGCACAAUUAAUUCAUUCCAUGGUCUGCAAUUGUAACGUGAUUUUUUUUUAAUCAAAUUUAUUUACGGAUAUUUUGAGAAAAUUCAACUUGUUUGAGUGGUUAAAGCUUACGUGAGUCAAGACCCGUCUCGUAAAAGCCAAAAUGGGAGAACGCAAAGGUCAAAAUCUGUAUUAUCCCCCUGAUUAUGAUCCCAAAUUUGGGGGAAUCAAUAAAUUCCAAGGAACACAUGCUUUAAGAGAAAGAGCUCGAAAACUCCAUAUGGGUAUCUUAAUUAUCAGAUUUGAAAUGCCAUUUAAUAUUUGGUGUGAUGGAUGUGGUAAUCAUAUCGGAAUGGGAGUGAGAUAUAAUGCAGAAAAGAAGAAAGUUGGCAUGUAUUAUAGUACUCCUGUUUACCAGUUUAGAAUGAAAUGCCAUCUAUGCGACAAUCACUUUGAAAUAAAGACUGAUCCAGGGAAUUUAAAUUAUGAAGUUAUAAGUGGAGCUCGUCGUCAAGAAAAUCGUUGGGAUCCUACAGAGAACGAGCAAGUUGUUCCAGAAACAAAAGAAGUUUCCAGAAGAUUAUACGAUGAUGCUAUGUACAAAUUAGAACAUAAUUUAGAAGACAAAAAGGUUGCUAAAACAAGAUCAAAUGCAUUGGAUAAUACUAUGGCUUUGAAUGAGGUUUUAUGGAAAGAUGAUUAUAGUUCUAAUUGUGCUCUCAGAUCAAUAUUUAGGGCCAAGAAAAAGGAGUUACAAAAUAAAGCUGCAAUAGAUCAAGCAUUUCUAAAAAAAAAAGGAAUAAAUAUUGACUUAGUUAAUGAGCAUGAAGAUGAUAUUCGAUUGGCAAAGCUAUUAGCGCAAAAUAAACAACAACCAAAAAUAAAAUCAUUGCCUUUAAAACGACUUGUAGCUGUUGCUGAAUCAAGAAAUAAAUCAAAAAAUCAAUUGGCAGCAAUAGGAAAUGUAAAAAUUAAAUCAAACACACUAUCCUUACCUUCCACUUCUGAAAAUGUUACUUUAAUGCCGAGUUCUAGUGUUGGAAUUAAAAGCGAAACUAAAACCAGCUCUGCUUUAGUUCACUAUGAUAACACAAGCUCAGAAAGUGAUUGAUAGUGA